AUGUCUCAAAGAUUACAAAGUAUUAAGGACCAUUUGGUGGAGAGCGCCAUGGGGAAGGGUGAAGCGAAGAAGAAGAACUCGCUGUUAGAGAAAAGGCCCGAAGAUGUGGUAAUUGUGGCUGCUAACAGGUCCGCUAUCGGUAAGGGUUUUAAAGGUGCUUUCAAAGAUGUAAAUACAGACUACUUAUUGUACAACUUUCUCAAUGAGUUCAUCGGGAGGUUUCCGGACCCUUUAAGGACGGAUUUGAAGUUGAUCGAAGAAGUUGCUUGUGGUAACGUUCUCAAUGUCGGUGCCGGUGCUACCGAACACAGAGCUGCAUGUUUAGCAAGUGGUAUUCCCUACUCGACGCCAUUUGUCGCUUUGAACAGACAAUGUUCUUCAGGUUUAACGGCGGUAAACGAUAUUGCUAACAAAAUUAAAGUUGGGCAAAUCGAUAUUGGUUUAGCGCUGGGAGUGGAAUCAAUGACCAAUAAUUACAAGAACGUCAACCCCUUGGGUAUGAUCUCCUCUGACGAACUGCAGAAAAACCGAGAAGCGAAAAAAUGUCUAAUACCAAUGGGUAUUACGAACGAGAAUGUUGCUGCCAAUUUCAAGAUCAGCAGAAAGGAUCAGGAUGAGUUUGCUGCCAAUUCUUAUCAAAAAGCCUAUAAGGCAAAGAACGAGGGACUUUUUGAGGAUGAAAUCUUGCCCAUAAAAUUACCAGACGGUUCAAUUUGCCAGUCAGACGAAGGGCCACGCCCUAACGUCACUGCUGAAUCACUUUCAAGCAUUAGGCCUGCCUUUAUUAAGGACAGAGGCACUACAACUGCAGGUAAUGCAUCCCAGGUUUCCGACGGUGUAGCAGGGGUCUUGUUAGCUCGCAGGUCUGUGGCGAACCAGUUGAAUUUACCUGUGCUAGGUCGCUACAUCGACUUUCAAACAGUGGGCGUUCCACCUGAAAUCAUGGGUGUAGGCCCUGCAUAUGCCAUACCAAAAGCCCUGGAAGCCACUGGCUUGCGAGUCCAAGAUAUCGAUGUUUUCGAAAUCAAUGAAGCAUUCGCGGCCCAAGCAUUAUACUGUAUCCAUAAACUGGGCAUCGAUUUGAAUAAAGUAAAUCCAAGAGGUGGUGCGAUUGCGUUGGGCCAUCCGCUGGGCUGUACCGGUGCAAGGCAAGUAGCUACUAUACUAAGAGAACUCCAAAAGGAUCAGAUCGGGGUUGUUAGUAUGUGUAUCGGUACUGGUAUGGGUGCCGCGGCUAUCUUUAUUAAGGAAUAG